AUGGUUGUUGACCUGGAACGGCAAGAUUUCGAGUCAGUGGCGGCAGUAUGCUCGAACGAUAUCUAUACGCUUUCGACUCGAAUAAGACAAACAAAGAAGCUAGCUGCAAAAGUCGAGCGGGACCCAGUGUUCAAUCGGGCCUCGGAAAGACUUAGCAAAGACAUGGUGGUUAUUGGAGAACAAUGCAGCGACACAGCUUCACGUAUUCAGGAGCUUAAUACAUGGCCCAGAGACCUUCUCAACGGUUCACAGAGAUCGCAAUUGGAUGAUCUGAAUAGCGGAUUCGACACGGUUCUGAAAGAAAUCCACGAACUGCAAAAAAAUGCAACUACAGUCGCGCGUAAAGUCGCUACUAUUUCAGGGGCAACUUCUAACGCACAAGCAGGAAGCUCUGCAGGCUUGAGUGAAAACACACCCCUUUUACAGCAACUCGUAUCGGCAGAUCUCACCAUCCAUAAUGACCUAAUCGAGGAUCGUGGGCAGGAAAUUGCUGAAAUACAGCGAGGUAUGCUCGAAAUCAAUUCGAUUUUCAAAGACCUUGGCGUUUUGGUUGCUGAACAGGGCGCUAAUCUGGAUACAGUCGAGGAAAAUAUCAGCGACAUGGCCCGAAACACCAACGAGGCUUCUAAUCAGUUGACGAAAGCGGAAAAUUACCAGAGAUCUCGCGGCAAGUGGUCAUGCAUUGCGCUUUUGUUCUUACUAUUUAUCACCACACUAGUUGCCAUUUCCAUUUUUGCCUAA